AAGGACAAUUGAGGGACUCGUGUGCAACUGUCACAAAAGCAUGUGAGCAGUCAUUUAAGACUGAGGAAGCGACACACCAGAUUAAGAACCGAAAGAAGGAUCUGGAUUGGUUUUACUCUCUGCCAGAGGAGCUACAGGUAUCAUUCCACUUAAACAUUUCAGAGGGCUUCACGCUGCGUCUAAAGCAAACUGAGGAAUCUGCAAUUAGAUGCCAAGUGCUAACCAAUUCACCAUGACAACCACCACCGGAGACCAAAAGGCCGCUUCCGCUCCCCUGAUGAACAAAACGCCCUAUCAGCGAUUGAUCAGCAAGGAUGGGCGGAGUCUCAUUAGAGGCCACGCCCCAGGACACAGAGACAAGUGGAUGGCCGCCCUGCAGGACAUGUGGGGGACGUGGCUGGGGUUGAGGUGGCGAUGGGUGGUGCUGGCAUUUUGCAGCUCCUUCCUGCUUCACUGGUUGCUGUUCGCAGUGCUGUGGUACCUGCUGGCCCGUGUCAACGGAGACCUGGACGUGCUCGACCAUGACGCCCCACCACCCGGCCACGUGCUGUGCGUCAAACACGUGACGGGAUUCACGGCAGCUUUUUCUUUUGCCCUCGAAACCCAGUUGACCAUUGGGUAUGGCACCAUGUAUCCCAACGCCGACUGCCAGAUUGGCAUAGCACUACUGGCACUGCAGAUGCUGCUGGGCCUCAUGUUGGAAACCUUCAUCACUGGUGCAUUUGUGGCGAAGUUUUCCCGACCUCAGAAGCGCUGCGUCGGGAUCCUGUUCAGCCCGCAGGCCAUAGUGUGUGAGGUCAAAAGUCAACGUUGCUUGAUGUUCCGUGUGACUAACCUGCUUCCCGUGUCACUGGUGGACGUAUCCGUGAGCGGUAUUCUAUACGAAGAGCGUGACGAUCACACGCUCCACCAAACCGCAGUGGAUUUCACCACGGACAACCUGGGGUCACGACCUUGCCCCCUAUUCGUGUCACCUCUGACCUAUUUUCACCCUUUGACCUCAUCCAGUCCUCUACAUAACGUCAUUGAACCAUCCAGCGAAUCACGCUUCGAGUUAGUGGUGUUCCUCUCCGCCUCUAAGGAAAGCACAGGCUGCGACUACAACAAGAGGACAUCCUACCUACCUGAUGAGAUCGAGCACGGCAGGUGCUUCGUGAAGUCCACGCCUCAGCACGGAAAAGACCGGAACAAAAAUGCAAGAAUAGAUUAUUUUGACACGCAGCCGUUCCCAAUGACGCAAGAUCACGUUGCGGUGCAGAUAGACAAGAACUAAGUUGAGUAGAGAUGUAUAGUUUUGGAGUUUGUAUGAAUGGGUGUGCCGUGACUACAGAUCUUGUCCGUUCACAAUAAGGGCAUUUUAUUUCACACCGACAACCUCUAAUCUCUGACUAUUGAUCCUAAAUGGCAACGUCAGUUAGGUACAGUCUGUUACGAGACCAGACCAACGUCUUUGCUGCUAUGGACACUAUGAUUCACAUUUGCAUCUACUGCUCAGUACAGAGACACACAAACAGAGACACGCAGAGUUGACAUGUUUUGUUUUUGUUUGCCGGUACUGAUGGGAGCAGUCAUUGAUUUGCAUUCUCAAAAUCAUGAGAACCUCAGGCUUCAAACCAUCUUCACCCCGAAUAGGCGUGAGACGAUCCAUGAUGUUUGAACCCUGUAUUGCACUAUAUUUGUUCACUACCAUUAGUUCCAGGACCCCGGGACAGUGUUUUUAGACAUUUGGUCAAUUUUUGACCUAAUAAGUAUUAUAGCUCUGC